AUGGCAUACAUGAUUUGGUUCAAUCUUCUGCUAUGCAUCGCUUCAGCUUACAAUGCAAUUUUAUCUUCACUUAGUGUCAACACUAAUAAUACCGUCGUUCAUUAUCCUGCUUCACAAAAUGCCAGUCCUACCUAUUUUUCCUCGUUUACUAUUCCCUUUGAUAACUUUCCCGGCCAAAGUGCAACAGUUCAAGUGGUUCAACCGAAUCAGUCGAGCAAUGACAACGCCAUGGAGUACGAUGAUAUUCCAGAUGACUUCCAUUGGGUACUAUUUGGCAACAAGAAUAAGAAAUCGAAAAUUCAACCGA